GCCAUGCUUGGCCUACCUGCUUGUUGCAGCACCUGAGGGCAAUUAGCACGCAGCUGGAGGUCAAGAUAUAAAAGAGUGCCGGGCAAGAUGGCGGCCUCUCUUCUCGUCGUCAAGGUCGCGCUCCCAAAAAAAAAAACAACAACAACAAAAAAAGGCAACAAUCUCAAGUGUGGCUAUAAAAGGCCGCUCUGACUGCGCCUCACUCUGCUGACCCGGAGACGGUCCACCAUGAAGAAUCUCCUUUUGUCGCAAUUGCUGCUCUGCUACUUGGUAGCUGCUGUGUUGUCGGCCCCCACCGAGCAUGUCCGUUGGUGUGUGAAGUCAAACAAGGAGCAACAGAAGUGCUCUGACUUGGCCGCCAAGGUGCCGGUUUUCACCUGCGUGGAGAAAGCGGACUCCAAAGGAUGCAUCGAAGCCAUUCACGCAGGAACAGCUGAUGCCAUCACGUUGGACGGAGGAGACAUCUACACUGCAGGACUGGAGAACUUCAAGCUUCAUCCCAUAAUUGCAGAAGACUAUGGUGCCACAUCUGAUAGCUGCUACUACGCAGUUGCUGUGGCUAAGAAGGGUACAGGCUUUGGCAUCCGGGACCUAAGAGGGAAGAGGUCUUGCCACACUGGUUUAGGAAAAUCUGCUGGCUGGAACAUCCCAAUCGGAACACUGAUCAGGCUUGGUAUCUUGUCGUGGGGCGGCAUUGAGGACGAAACUCUUGAGGCUGCGGUGAGUAACUUCUUCAGCCAAAGCUGUGCUCCUGGAGCAGAAAAGGGUUCUAAACUGUGCAAAAGCUGCAAGGGAGACUGCUCACGGUCUCACAAUGAACCCUACUAUGACUACGGUGGUGCAUUCCAGUGCCUGGUAGAUGAUGCUGGAGAUGUGGCCUUUGUCAAGCAUCUGACUGUACCAGACAGCGAGAAGGCAAACUAUGAGCUGCUGUGUUUGGACAACACCAGAGCCCCAAUUGACAACUUCAAGGAAUGCCACCUGGCCAGGGUACCCGCCCAUGCUGUAGUCACCCGCCAAGACCCGGUGUUGGCAGACUUGAUCUGGCAAAGUCUCAACUCAGUGCAGGGUUUUGACCUGUUCUCCUCUGCUGCGUAUGCACCUGCCAAAAAUCUGAUGUUCAAAGACUCUACGCAAAAGCUCGUCCGGCUACCUCCCAAGACAAACUCCUUCUUGUAUUUGGGCGCCAGCUACAUGAGCAUCAUUCGCUCUCUGAACAAAGGUAAUUCAUGCAAUCAUCAAACUCAGGUGAACACUUGAACAAUUUUUAAAAAUUUUAUUCCAGAGGUCACUGCAGGUGGAUCCAGCGCCAUCACAUGGUGUUCUGUGGGCCACAGCGAGACACGGAAAUGUGACACAUGGAGUAUCAAUGCCAUGGUGGAUGGUGAAAGCAAGAUUCUGUGUCAGACUGCCUCCACUGUGGAAGAGUGCCUGAAGAUGAUCAUUAGUAAAGAGGCAGAUGCCGUAUCAGUGGAUGGGGGAGAGGUGUACACUGCCGGACAGUGCGGUCUGAUUCCAGCCAUGGUGGAGCAGUAUGAUGACGCCAAGUGCAGCAUAUCUGGAGCCUCAUCAUCUUCCUACUACGCUGUUGCUGUGGUCAAGAAGGGUUCCGGGGUGACGUGGGCCAACCUGAGGGGGAAGAAGUCCUGCCACACAGGCUUUGGCAGAAAUGCCGGCUGGAACAUUCCCAUGGGUAGAAUCCACAAGGAGACGGGCAGCUGCGACUUCAGCAAAUUCUUCACUAGCGGCUGCGCCCCUGGAGCUCCAGCUGACUCUCCAUUCUGCACUCAGUGCGCAGGCAGUGGGAAGGCUGUGGAUGACAAAUUUAAGUGUCAACCCAGUUCAGAAGAAAAGUACUACGGCUAUGCUGGGGCCUUCAGAUGCCUUGUUGAGGGUGCUGGUGAUGUGGCGUUCAUUAAACACUCAAUUGUUCAGGAAAACAGUGAUGGUAAGGGUCCAGCAUGGGCAGCAGAUGUCCUGAGCAGUGACUAUGAGCUCAUUUGCCCCUCCAAGGGUCCAGUGCCCAUCACAGACUUUGAAUCUUGCCACCUGGCGGCCACUCCAGCGCACGCAGUGGUGACCCGCCCUGAGACCCGGAACCAAGUUGUCAAUAUUCUCCAGGAACAGCAGGCUCUGUUUGGAAGCGGCACUGACUCCAGUUUCAAACUGUUUGAGUCUGCCCCAGAGAAGAAUCUCCUCUUCAAAGACUCUACCAAAUGUCUCCAGGAGGUGCCAAGUGGAUCCGAUUACAAGGACUUUUUGGGACCAGAUUACAUGGCUGCCAUGACGUCACUGAGGCAGUGCAGUGAUUCCACUCCAGAUCUGGAGAAAUUGUGCACAUCCCACACCUGUCAGCAGAAAAUAGCUGGCGUGUUGUCGGCCCCCACCGAGCAUGUCCGGUGGUGCGUCAAAUCGGACAAGGAGCAACAGAAGUGCUCAGACUUGGCCGCCGAGGCGCCGGUUUUCACCUGCGUGCAGAAAGCUGACUCCAAAGGAUGCAUUGGCGCAAUUCAUGCGGGGACAGCUGACGCAAUCACAUUGGAUGGAGGAGACAUCUACACUGCUGGACUAGAGAACUUUAAACUCAAUCCCAUAAUUGCAGAAGACUAUGGUGCCACAUCUGAUAGCUGUUAUUAUGCUGUCGCUGUGGUAAAGAAGGGCACGGACUUUGGCAUCAGAGACCUGGCAGGGAAGCGAUCUUGCCACACUGGUUUGGGAAAAUCGGCUGGCUGGAUCAUCCCAAUUGGAACUCUGAUCAAGUUGGGUGUGUUGACAUGGGGAGGCAGCGAGGGCCAAACUAUUGAGGCUGCUGUAGGUAACUUCUUCUCAAAGAGCUGUGUUCCUGGAGCAGAAGAGGGUUCCAAACUGUGCAAAGGCUGCAAGGGGGACUGCUCACGGUCUCACGAUGAACCCUACUAUGACUAUGGUGGUGCAUUCCAGUGCCUGGUUGAAGAUGCUGGAGAUGUGGCAUUUGUCAAGCAUCUGACUGUACCAGAUGGGGAGAAGGCAAACUAUGAGCUACUGUGUGUAAACAACACCAGAGCGCCAAUUGAAAACUUCAAAGAAUGUCACCUGGCCAGGGUACCUGCUCAUGCUGUAGUUACCCGCCAAGACCGGGCGCUGGCAGACUUGAUCUGGCAAAGCCUCACAUCAGUGCAGGAAUUCAACCUCUUUUCCUCUGCUGCAUACGGACCCGCCAAGAAUCUGAUGUUCAAAGAUUCUACACAAAAAUUGGUCCGGCUGCCUCCCAACGCAAACUCCUUCUUGUAUUUGGGUGCCAGCUACAUGAGUACCAUUCGCUCGCUGAACAAAGAGAUCACCGCAGCUGGAUCCAGCGCGAUCACAUGGUGUUCUGUGGGCCACAGUGAGAGACUGAAAUGUGACUCCUGGAGUGUCAACAGCAUGGUGGAUGCUGAAAACCAAAUUCUGUGUCAGACUGCCCCCAGUGUAGAAGAGUGCUUCAAGAUGAUCAUUAGUAAAGAGGCAGAUGCAAUGGCAGUGGAUGGGGGAGAGGUGUACACUGCUGGACAGUGUGGUCUGGUUCCAGCCAUGGUGGAGCAGUAUGAUGAAGCAAAGUGCAGCGUAUCUGGAGCCUCGUCAUCGUCCUACUACGCCGUUGCUGUGGUCAAGAAGGGUUCUGGGGUGACCUGGGCCAACCUGAAGGGGAAGAAGUCCUGCCACACAGGCUUUGGCAGAAAUGCUGGCUGGAACAUUCCCAUGGGUAAAAUCCACAAGGAGACAGAGAGCUGCGAGUUCAGCAAGUUCUUCAGUAGUGGCUGCGCUCCUGGAGCCCCAGCCGACUCUCCAUUCUGCGCUCAGUGCGCAGGCAGUGGGAAACCUGUGGAUGAUGAAUUCAAGUGCCAACCCAGUUCAGAGGAAAAGUACUAUGGCUAUGCUGGUGCCUUUAGAUGUCUUGUUGAGGGUGCUGGUGAUGUGGCCUUCAUUAAACACACAACUGUUGAGGAAAACACUAAUGGUAGAGGUCCAGCAUGGGCAGCUGAUGUCUUGAGCAGUGACUAUGAGCUCAUUUGCCCCGACAUGGGUCCGGUGCCCAUCACAGACUUUGAGUCUUGCCACCUGGCAGUUACUCCAGCACAUGCCGUUGUGACCAGUCCUGAAACCCGCAACCAUGUUGUCAGUAUUCUCCUGGAACAGCAGGCCAAAUUCGGAAGAAAUGGCAGUGACGAAUGUUUCAAAAUGUUUGAGUCUGAACCUGAGAAGAACCUUCUCUUCAAAGACUCCACCAAAUGUCUCCAGGAGGUGCCAAAUGGAACAACUUAUAAAAACUUCUUAGGACCAGAUUACAUGGAUGCCAUGAUUAUACUGAGACAGUGCAGUGGUGCCACUCCAGAUCUGGAGAAAUUGUGUUCAUCUCACACCUGUCAGCAGACGAGCUAGACUGCUCUUCCGUGAUACAUUUUGUAUUUUCUCUGUUCCAUAGCUACUUUCAAAUCAGUACUCAAUGACUUUUGAAAACUGUUGAACUCAUUGGGUUUUCUUAACAUGUGCCACUUCCCGACCCCAAAUAAAGGCUUUUCAAUGUUAGAAA